AAUGGAGUGGAGUCAAUCGGUUCGGGUCAGGAGAUAAAGCUCAAUGUCCAAAAAGAUGGGUUCCACUCCGAGGCUUGCAAGUUGUAAGGGUCUGUAAGGUGGUGUAUUAUCAUCCACGCAAGAUGAACGGACUCUCGAGCUUGUCUUGGCUACGUGGUCGAAGAGCGGGCAUAACAUAACGCUCCAUUGAAGCUUCUCUCACUCUCUCUGUAAGCUUUCUCUCUGCUCUGGCAAUGUCAAGUACCAGCACAGCUAUACUCUCCGUAACAAAGCCUGAAUUUUCAUGUCUAUUCCCCCAAAGGAGAAAUGGGCGGAAUAUAAUACCAUCACCAAUCCUUCUUAGCAAAAUCCACCUCCAUGGUUUAUCAAUUUCUCGCGAAAUUUCUAAACUUUCUGGCUUUAAAUCAAAUGGUUUUCGCGCAUAUUCCUUUUCAAGUGAUUCAGUUGAUAAUCAAGUUGGAGUAGAGAAAAGUGCAUCAAGCGACACAGCCAAAAUGCCUGAAGUUCAAAGCAGUAUAUGGACCUGGAAGGGUUAUUCAAUCCGCUAUCAGUAUUCUGGGAACAGUGGCCCUGCUCUCGUUUUAGUUCAUGGAUUUGGAGCAAACAGCGACCAUUGGAGGAAAAACAUUCCUGUUCUUGCAAAAUCUCAUAGAGUAUAUUCAAUUGAUCUUAUUGGUUAUGGAUACUCAGAUAAACCUAAUCCUCGUGAAUUUGGAGAUAACUCCUUCUAUACAUUUGAGACGUGGGCCACCCAGCUAAAUGACUUUUGUGCUGAUGUAAUUAAAGACAAAGCAUUCUUUAUAUGCAAUUCAAUUGGAGGUGUCAAUGUGUUUUCCAUGUAUCCAUCCAAGUUGAUCCUGUGUUAUCAUGACACUGCCCAGGUGACACAGGAACUUGUUCAGAAAAUCCUUCUUCCAGGACUUGAGCCUGGUGCUGUGGACGUAUUUCUUGAUUUCAUUUGUUACUCGGAAGGCCCUCUUCCUGAGGAACUACUGCCCCAGGUGAAGUGCCCUGUUUUGAUAGCAUGGGGUGACAAGGAUCCUUGGGAACCAAUUGAGCUUGGCAGGAACUAUGCCAAUUUUGAUCCUGUUGAGGACUUUGUUGUCCUCCCUAAUGUUGGCCACUGCCCACAGGACGAAGCUCCUCAUCUUGUGAACCCGAUUGUUGAGUCAUUUGUGGCACGUAAUUCUACAGCCAGAGCUACUGUUUCUACUGUGACCUGAUCCAUUGGAAGGUCAAUCUCAUUGUUGCUCCUAAACCUGCCUUGGACCCAUGAUUUCCUUUCCAAAGGCCAUCAUUAAUUCAACAGAAUUUCUUUUGGUUUGAUAUCUUGGAUUUGUCCAAACAUUAUUUUUCUGUAAUUUAACAUUAGCAGACCCCUGUAUUUAAUGUCAAAUUAAGUUUCUCAUUGAGCAGGUCUUGCUUGUUCAUAUCAAA